CUGAGGUGUUGAGGCUGUUCAGUCCAUACCCUGCUCGAGGUGUACAACGGAGGACAACACCACCAGCCAUCAGUUCAAAAAAAAUUAAAAAGUCCACUUACACACACCUUUUCUUUUGUUUGGCAAAAAGAAAGAGAUGUGAUGUCCCAAGUCCCUCAAUGAAAAGAGCACUCGAAAAGGCAGGAUUGGGUGAAAGGAAAAUCACAUUCCCAGAUCGAUACUGCAGUGCAACUGAAUUUUCCAAUCAUCUACAGUUGAACUUUCCACAUCUUAAGGACUGUGGUGGGUUUCAACUCUUGCGAAGCCGUGGUUCUACAAGGUCCAAGGUCUUGGACGUCAUUACCUGUCCACAGGAAGGAUACACUCCAGAGCUCCUCUGCAAUAAAGAACUUGGAGUUGGGGCAGCUGUGAUUUACAUAAGACCACUCCAAAAAGAUAUUGACCUAGAGAAUCCUCUCAGUGUGACACCCACUUCUCAGACAAAUGGACCAAUGGUGGAAUGCAUUUACUGUGCAGAAAUAUUUUGCCUUUCUGAGAUUGAGAGUCACGUCGACUGCUGUGAAAAAAAAAGUCAUUCAGAGUCAAAUGAUGAAGAAACAGAGAAUACGGCUUCAGGAAGUCCAGAAACAAGCCAAGCAGGAACUUCAGCUUCUGCUAGCUCAUCAAGAAGCCUAAAUGAAACUGAAGAAAACAAAAGUAGUAGCUCUGAAGAGUGGACAACAGAGCCUGAUGUUCUCAAGGCAGCAAACAUAUUCAAACGUCAAUUGCUCAACAGUGCAGAACUCAAGCCAGAGUUGGUUGCAAGGCUUGAUCUUAGAUCUACAGAAGAAGAUCGUGAAAGGGAAAUCCUGACUUUCUACAAAAAGCCAGGAAUUGACUGGGCAAGGCCAUUUUCUGUUAUACUGGGUG